CUGAAUUAUAGGAUAGAAUAAUGGAUGUUCCUAUAAUAAUGAUACUUUUGUCAAAUUUCGAUUUGAACUAUUAAGAAAGCCUGGAAUAAUUCCUGAGUGCUGACCUCUAAUUUAGAGAUGCAGCAUUCGCAGAGGAUGACUUUUUUAACAUAGGAUUUCUACAAGAUGAAGGAGAUGGUUGGGGGUUGUUGUGUAUGCUCUGACGAGCGUGGUUGGCCCGAAAAUCCUCUUGUUUAUUGUGAUGGUCAAGGUUGUAAUGUUGCAGUGCAUCAAGCUUGCUAUGGCAUCGUUCAAGUUCCUACUGGUCCUUGGUUUUGUAGAAAAUGUGAAUCUCAAGAAAGAAGUGCAAGAGUACGCUGUGAACUUUGCCCUUCAAAAGAUGGAGCUUUAAAAAGAACUGAUGGCGGAGGUUGGGCUCAUGUUGUCUGUGCUCUUUACAUACCAGAAGUUAGGUUUGGAAAUGUAACAACAAUGGAACCAAUCAUUUUGCAAUUGGUUCCCCAAGAAAGAUAUAAUAAGACAUGUUGCAUUUGUGAAGAGCAAGGCAAGGAAUCUAAAGCUAGUGUAGGCGCUUGUAUGCAGUGUAAUAAAUCUGGGUGUAAACAGUAUUUUCAUGUUACAUGUGCUCAAGCAGCUGGCUUAUUGUGUGAAGAAGCUGGCAAUUAUACUGAUAAUGUGAAAUAUUGUGGAUAUUGCUAUUACCAUUAUCAAAAGUUGGUAAGUAACCAGCAAUCUAGCUGUAAAAAUAAAGAGAAAAAGGACAGCCAUAUAAAGAUAAUACCAGCCUUUAAACCAAUCCCGGCUGAUAAUGCUACUCCAGAACCCAGUCCAGAGAAGAUAACAUCAGCUCAUCUCAAAGAAAAAACAACACGUUCUAAAGCAGACAGAAAAGGUAGACAAGCAGUCUAUACUAAUAAUUCUGUAAGUGCUAAUAAUACAGAAACUUCAUCACCAAAUCUCGCAACAAACAUUGAACAGGAGUUUUUAAGUGAUAGUAGUACAAGUACUAUUAGCAACAGUAGUCUGAACAAUGGCAUAACUGUGAACAAUUCAGACAGUAGAAAUAGUGAUAUUAAAACAAAAAAGAAUGAUUUGCAUGCCAACAGUAACAGUUCUAUAGGCAGCAAAUUUAAUUCAAAUUUUAAAGAUUCGAAUGCGACACCGUCUGGAAGUCCAGUACAUAAUAAUGAGAAACCUAAGAAAAAAUCCAAGGAUUCUGGUGCCACAUCAUCUAAAAAAAAUGUACAAGAAUCUAAGGAUUUGCAAGAUAUAAGUACAAAAAGUGCUGCACCAACAUUCAGCAGCAUGUAUGAAAAUUUCAUUAGCAAAGACCUUGACUCUAAUCAAAACUCUAAAAACGAUAAGAAAAGGUCUUCCGAUUUUCCUGAAGAGCCUGAAAAGAAAAAGUCUAAACAUUCCAGGAGCAAAUCAAAAUUAAAGAGCAUCAUUGAAUCAGUAAUACCACCAGAAAAGUCAAAUCCUCAGAUACCUAUUGUUAGAAUAAAAAGAAAAUUUAACCAUGAUAGAUCUUGCAGUUCUCAUUCUGUGGAAGAAGUAUCUGUUGAUGCUCCAAAAGAUUAUGAAACAAUCAUUGACAAAAUAGAUCCAGAAUCUGUUCCAGAACCAGUUAAACCAACAGAAGGAGAAAUUAUACUGAACUCAAAUCCUAGUCCUCCUAUCAGGAAUCCUCCCGGUGAAAAAAAUGAAAGUCUUCCACUUUUAAACGAUGCAGAAAUUAAAACUGAGGAGCCUUCAUUUUAUGAUAUUCCUCGUACUAGUUAUGUGAUCCCUAUUCCUGAUACUGUAAAUCUGAUGGAUAAAUUGAGUAAACAGAUGCCAGAUUCACCAACUGUAGCAGAAGAUAAUAUGCAACAACCAGCACCGACUACUUUGGAAGAGCUCCUAGAAAAGCAGUGGGUUGAAACCUCAAAUUUUUUAAUUUCACAAGGUCAGCAUUUUGAUGUUGCAUCUAUGAUAUCUUGCCUACACGAACUACGAAAUGAGAAUAACCGUUUGGAGAAACAGAUUUCAGAUCUAGUUUCUCGUCGAGAUUCUCUACUUUCUAUAAAUGCACGUCUCAAAGUGCUUCCUGGAUCAGCUGAGAACUCUAUGAGUAAUAACAUGCAUUAUUCCCCUUUGUCUCUUCUAAAUGCCAAACCAAUUUCUCCUGAAAGGCAUAUUUCAGCUGCAACUGCCAACUUUACAGGUUAUACCUUGUUUGAUAAUGCCUUGGUUCAUAGUGCUCAGUGGAAUAAUGCAUUCUCAAAUCCACUUGAUCCUACUAGAAGGGAUUUUAUUAGUCAUAAAAGUCCCAUGACUGGCCAUAGUCCUAUUGCAACUGUUGGAACAAGCAGUUUACCUCUAACUCCAAGCCCCAUCCCUUGUAGUCCAAUUUCAAAGAAUGAGGUGUAUCCUCAUUUAUCUGCUUUCAGUCACGAAUCUAGUCCUCUCAGCCAUAUUCCCAAUGUAACUAAUACUACAUCUCAAUCAUCCCAUUUAUAUGGACCAUCAGUUGCCAUCUCAGAUUCAUUGCUCAUAAAUGAAACAAGUUCAUAUAACACUCUAAACUGCCCAAAUGGCUCAAAUGAUGCUCAGGAUGAACAACCUACUACUGCUGUGUAUCAAACUAUCUCACCGCCAUUCAGUAAUCCUGAGACUGAUUCGCCAAAUAAUACAUCACUUCAUUCAGUUUGUAGCAACAUUGUUUUUCAUCCAAAUUUUGAAAACGCCCUGCAAAAUAACAGUAGGUUGGAAGAUGAAAGAUGACUAGAACUGAAUGAUCCAUAAUCAUGAUCAUUGUCAUCAGCAUUGGCUUUAAUAGGUCCUUACUUCAAAUUUGAGGGCAUUUUUCUUGUUUAAUAAGAUCUUGUAUAGAUAUGUUUUAUAGUUUUUAACUUCAUUUUUACUGUAUAUAAUAUGUAAUCAA